AGUGAUGCCAUUUCUCAAUCCAGUGGCUCCUUUUAGUCCCAUUAGCUAGAUAUGACCAACUAAUGAUGAACUAGUUGUUAGUUGGGGUGUGUGGACUAAAAAAUAGUUCACUCGUUAGUCCCUCUAUUUGUAUGGCCUAGUACUGAUUUUCAGGAACUAACAAUUAGUCCUGCUGGCAUGAAAGAGGCUCCUAAGUCCAGCAGCUACGUUACCGUACGUUUUUAUUGCUCUACAUAUAGAUGGGUCCAUUCAUUCUGGAGGCCAGAAAGCAGCUUCGUUCCAGAGUUUGCCAAGGAAGAAACCAAGCAGACGCCACCGGGCUCAUGGCGAUAUCCGACGAGGAGUACGCCGCGGAACUCCAGCUUCAAGAGGUGAUCGUUGUUUCCUCCGCCAUGGCGAUGAUUGUUAAUUCCACCAUGGCAGGGACUGCAGCACAAUCAUCGCUCAGGCCGCAGCUUGAUAGCGCCGUCGUCGUCGUCAACACCGCCAACAAUGACACAACAGCUGCUGAGACGCCCGCCGUGCUUGCCGUAGCUGAGUGCAGCUGCUGCUCCUCCUCGCCUCCGCCAUCUCUUGCAGUUGCAGCCCCUGCCACCGGGGAAGAAGACGACGCAAUUGCGGUAGCAACUUGCAAGAUCUGCCUGGACUACGUGCCAGCGUCGCACGUGCACCACGCAAGUCACGACUGCGCGCAUGCCUUCUGCGCAGCCUGCCUCUCCGGCUACAUCAGCGCAAAGACCCAAGGCGGCCGCAUCUCGGACGUCAAGUGUCCCGGGGACGGGGAGGACUGCUGCGACGACGUCCUUGACCCCGAACUCUGCCAAGGUAUCAUAUCCGGCGAGGCUUUCGAGGCCUGGUGCGCCGCACUAUGCAUGUCCAUGGUGGAGGGAGGCAGCAACUUUUGCUAUUGCCCCUUCGACGACUGCUCGGAGAUCUUGGUGGACGAUCGCGGCGGCGACGUGCCGGAGUCGGAGUGCCCGGCGUGCAGGAGGCUGUUCUGUGCACGGUGCCGCGUGCCAUGGCACGCUGGCAUUACCUGUGCCGAGUAUGGCCAAUUAGCACCUGGGGACAAGGGGAAGGAGGACUUAGUGGUGCUGGAGAUGGCCAAGGGGGAAAAGUGGAAGAGGUGCCCCCAGUGCAAGUACUUUGUCGAAAAACACAACGGCUGUGUGCACAUGACUUGCAGGUGUGGCUUCCAGUUCUGCUAUGCAUGUGGCGAGCCGUGGGGGCAGCCUGAUCAUUCCUCUUGCAACACAGCGUGAAAGCUGAUUUUGCUCAUAAUCCGGCAGUGGAAAGCGAAUGAAGUUCCACGAUCCAUGCAGUCAAACUAUUUUUAGUUAUAUAUGGCAUAUGCAGCCCAACUAUUUCUAGUCACAUAUGACACUGCCGCAGAAGUAAAAACUAAUAAGUGUAGUUCAAUAACACAUGUAUUCAAACUAUUUUUUAUUUUAUGAGCUAUGUAUGUCAUUGUGGCAGUACUACAUAAAUUUCUAUCAUAAUUUUUUAACUAAAUUAUGAUAGAGAUUUUUAUAGUAGUGCUAUAAAGACAUACAUAGCUGAUAAAAGCAAAAAUAGUUUGACUGCAUGUAUCAUAGGCCUACACAUAAAAGCAAUUUUUUUGCUCCUAUGUGUAGUCCUAUCAUACAUGCAUUUAAACUAUUUUUGCAUUUAUGAACUUUGUAUAUCUUUAUGGCGUACUACUAUAGAAAUGAAAUAAAUUGUCUUCAUUGCAGUA